AUGAAAUGUGGCUGGAAGACUUCGCGACAGACCUUUAUUAUCUCGUCGCCAUCCGAAUAUGUGGCUCACGUUAAGAUCAAUCGCCCAUCCAAGCUAAAUGCAUUCACACCAGAUAUGUGGGUGGAGCUUGGAAGGAUAUUCGCAAAGUUAUCUCGUGAUCCAGGUGUACGCGCUAUAAUACUUUCUGCAGUCGGCGACCGAGCAUUUACUGCUGGUCUAGAUGUGCAAGCCGUGGAUCAGGGAGGCCUCCUAGGGAAUCGCGAUCAACAACCAGAUGCUGCUAGGCAGGCAACGAAACUUCGACGCCAGAUUUCUGAGUUCCAAGACUGCAUAAACCAGAUAGAGAAAUGCGAGAAGCCUGUUAUCUGUGUAAUGAACGGUGUAUCUAUCGGCUUGGCUAUCGAUAUAGCCUGCUGCGCAGACGUUAGAAUCUGUUCGAGAGAUACUAGAUUUUCUGUCAAGGAAGUAGACAUCGGUAUGGCUGCAGACAUAGGUACUCUCGCAAGGCUACCCAAGAUCGUCUCAAGCUUCUCGUGGGUUAAGGAUGUUUGCUUGACGGCUCGGGGUUUUGGUGCUGAAGAGGCUCUUGCUGUUGGAUUCGUGAGUCAGGUGCUGGAAACUAAAGCAAAGGCUAUCGAGGCAGCUAGCAUGCUCGCAUCAUUCAUAGCAUCGAAGAGUCCGGUUGCUGUCCAGGGCACGAAAGAGCUGUUGAACCACGCAAGGGACAACACAGUUGCAGAUAACUUGAGAUACACAAGCCUGUGGAACCAGGCGAUGCUUCAGUCUAACGACUUCAAAACCGCGUUGCUGUCUGGACUAAGGAGGACUAGGCCGAGGUUUGAGAAGCUAUAG